GGCGGCGCUCGGGCAGAUCCAGCUAGCUUGGCCGAGAAGGGCGGCGGCCCAAGGUCCGGCUCUCCCGCCUUUCUCUGGACUCCCAGCCGGUCCGAAAGUUGCGCCCGCGACGGAACUUAUCUUCCCGGGGAUGAGCGACGCCGCUACGGGCCCUCCGGGCUCAUCGCCGGAGCGGAGGGCCAGCUGGGAGCGCCAACGCCGCGCCCGAGCGGAGCAGCUGCUCCGGACCGAAGAGCGAUACUUGGAGCAGCUGGAAGGGGUGGCGACGUACUUUGUGGUCACCCUGAAGGCCAAGGGGAUCUUGAAGCCAGACAUCCACAACAUUCUCUUUGGACCAUGGCAGUCCAUCUGCUCCGCCAGCCGGACGCUGCUUUUCCACCUGUCCAGUGGCCAUUUUGCAUUAGGACUGGAGAGCUUCUGCCACCAGCUGGUGUUCUAUGUCCAUUACGCAGAGAAUCUGGAAGCGGCCCAGAACACCCUGAAGAAGCUGGUGAAGAAGAACAAAGCUUUUUCCCGCUUCAAGAAGCUUCAAGAAUCCCGUCCAGAGCUUAAAGGUUGCCGUCUGGAAGAGCUGCUGCCGCUGCCCCUCCAAAGGCUCCAUCAGUAUAGAUGCCUCCUGCAAGAUUUGGUGGAGCACACUCCCCCGGAGAGCUCUGGAUUCGACCAACUCCAAGGGUCCCUAAGGUCCGUCUCGGAGGUCCUGCGCAGAGUCCAGGAAAUUGCUCACGCCCGUGAGAACCUGCUGCGGAUGAGACAGAUUCAGAAACAGCUGAAGGGACGGAAGACUCAAGUGCUGGCUCCAGGGCGCCGGUAUCUCCAGGAAGGUUGGCUGAUGGAAGUCCCCUCCAAGGGGACUGAGAUGCAGCGCAGGAGAUGCUUCCUUUUCACUGAUAUCCUGUUGUUAGCCAAGCCUUGCCACCCGCUCCAUCCUUGGAAUUCACACAAGUUCGCUUGCCAGGCCAUUUACCCUCUCAGUCACUGCGUUGUGGAGAAGGUCUUUGGUCACACCCAGAGCCAAGGAGGGCUGCUCAGUCUCUCUUUCCCACAAAAAAAGUUACUGCUGAUGUCUUGUGAUCAGGAGGACUUUGCCAAAUGGCACCAGAAUCUGGUGGUGGCUAUCAGAGAGCUUCAGGUCUGUGGAAGCCCACCCGCUCAGAAGGCUGAGUGAGCCAGCUGGACAUUGCAGGAAAUAGCCCGUGCGCCCUGGGCAAUUGUCUGGCAAUCUGCCAACCGGCAGACAUUAGUGCUACCCUCCUUUGGACAUCUUUAACUCAUGCAUUAUCCUAACACGGCUCCUCCGUCCUUGGCUUGGGUGCCUGUUCUUUCCACCCAGAGAAGCAGGAUGCUAGGAACGGCCCUUCUCCUCGGAGGCUGCUGGCUCCAGAACCAGCCCCACUUAUUGAGCCUAGAGGCUGGGAGCCCUGCCAUGUGGUGGCCUACUCAGCAACUCUCAUGUGACACAGGAGGACAGAAGCGAUUAAGAUUCUACACAAGCUACUUUUCAUAAACUGUGGAUCUUGCACAGUGGGAUGCGAAAGCCUUCUUUUAAUGGCUAUGAAUGGUGGCGUUUUUUCCUUGCGACUUCUGUUUUGCCUGCCAAGUCAGGAAAGAUUUUGGGCUGGAACUCAGCGGGUCUUAAAAACAUGUCAGGGCACGGACUGGUCCUUCACACUGCAUGCUGGGGAGCCAAUUACCCCAUAAUCCAAUUCCAUCAGUGCAACCAGGGCAAAAACUGCUGCUUUAAGCAUUUUCAAAUUCUGUAGCUAUGCAGCCAGAACCCCAAAUGGAGAGAGACAACGCCUGGUAUUGCUGUAAUGUUGUAAUAUAGUUCUUUGUGUAGGUGUGUGUCCUCCAUGGCCUAGUUCAUACCAGG